UCUUCCAUUAAGAAGUCCUCUACACCGCUGAUUUUUUACAGCUACGUCCCUAAGCAAACGGCAAAUUACAGUCCAACUGCUCUAUGAAAUCUUGAUAGGUUUUCCAUUCCCGGACCCGGAGGAGGAGGAGAAAGCGAGGGUUCUCACCGCCGCCCGUCAUGGCUUCCGCCUCCGCCGCUUUACUGCUCCUCUCUGCCGCCAUCGCCGCCUUUUGCUUCCUUUCGCCGGCCGCGGCCGCGGCCGCAGCCCAGGGCUGCGCCUCCCAGAAUCUGGGUUCCAACAGGGUCUUCGCCGCCUGCAGCGACCUUCCUCAACUCUCCUCCUCCAUCCACUGGACCUACGACCGCGCGGCCGCGGCGCUCUCCAUCGCCUUCGUGGCGCCGCCGGCUACGGCGGAGGGGUGGGUGGCGUGGGCGAUCAACCCGACCGAGACCGGCAUGGUUGGGUCCCAGGCGCUGGUGGCGUUCCGGCAGGCGGACGGGAAGAUGGGGGUCAAGACCUACAACAUCACGGGGUACGCGCUCAAGGAAUCGAAGAUCGCGUUCGAGACGUCGGAUCUGGCGGCGGAUUAUGCCGGCGGGGUCAUGAAGAUCUUCGGGACGUUGAAGCUGGGGAAGGAAAUGACGGUGGUGAACGAGGUGUGGCAGGUGGGGGGAUCGGUGACGAACGGCGUGCCGGACAAGCACGCGUUCGUAGCCGAGAAUUUGGGGUCCAAGGGCCAGUUGGAUUUGGUCCGGGGGGUGAGCUCCGGAUCCGGGGGUUCCGUCACGAAGGAGAGGAAUAUACAUGGAGUUUUGAAUGCUGUGAGUUGGGGAAUAUUGCUUCCAAUUGGUGCAAUAUUUGCAAGAUAUCUGAAGACAUUUAAGUCAGCAGACCCUGCAUGGUUUUACCUUCAUUUGUCAUGCCAGCUUACCGGUUACACCGUGGGGGUUGCGGGCUGGGCAACCGGUCUCAAUCUUGGGAGCAAGUCUAAGGGAGUCCAGUACACCACCCAUCGGAACAUUGGGAUCACCCUCUUCUCUCUUGCCACCUUACAGGUUUUCGCAUUGUUUUUGAGACCCAGCAAGGAUCACAAGAUUCGCUUCUACUGGAACAUCUACCACCACUUGGUAGGAUACACAGUCAUUGUCUUGGGUGUUAUCAAUGUCUUCAAAGGCCUGACAAUCUUAAGCCCUGAUCAGAAGUGGACUACAGCCUAUAUCACUGUGAUUAGCAUAUUGGGUGGUAUUGCCUUGCUGUUGGAAGCCCUUACUUGGAUUAUAGUUCUGCGGAGAAAGACACACAACUCCACAAAGCCUUAUGGUGGCUCCAAUUCUACCAAUGGGCACCGUGACGUGCAACAGCCGCUGUCUGUCUGAUCAAAUCUGCUCUGUUCUGGGUUUUAUUAAUUAGUUUAGAUCUUCAGUUUCUCUUAUGAGAUAUUGAGUGUUGAAUAGUUUUUUUUCUUUCUUUCUUCUACAUUUUCACCUUCUUGUUGGGCUGCUUAAAACUUAAGAUAUAUGCUUUCAUACAAAUUUUCAUAGUCAAUAUGUAUUUUGUUGUGUGUGAAAGAACUUGUUCAGAUUGGCAGAA